GAAGCCAGAGUCCCGAGUAGAGAUUUCUCGCUGUGAAACUACGCAGCGGACUGGGGAAGAGUGGUGGCACGGUAUUGCGAGGGAACAUUUUCUUCUGUGUGUUUUUUGUUGUUGCCAUCGCAUUGGUACUUAGGUGUGGAGGUUACAAUACAAUCUCGCGCUCGAACAUGGCUUACUUGGGAUUGGGUAAGGCCUGGCCGGAUGGUCACGGGCUGGAUGUGUUUGAGAACAGUCGCGCGAGGGGUUGCACAUUCGGCACGAGAAGGAAAUUAUUACAACAUAGCAAAAGGAUACACCAAUUGGGCGGAGGGUAGAGCAGUGGCGUGGUGGGCACCGAACGGAGGAGGAGGAAAAACAUCCGUAUCCUGUGUCGAUGUAGUUGAGAGGCAACGAGUGCCUACGAACGAAUAGAUAACAUUUAGUUACGAGUUUUUGCAUACGCCACACGCGCGCGCCUUUAUCCUGUGCCAUACCUACUCGGAGAGUAGCCACCGAAGGGAUCUGUGCUUUUAGUGACAGGGAUAGUGGAAUGCAGAAUAAGUGUUCAGUAGAUCAUCUGCCUCGUUUCGGAGUGGUUCGCUCGACAGAUACUUGCGUUUUGAUUGGAUAAUCGAAUUUUAUAAAUUUGUAAAGGUGUGAUACAUUAGUGAAUAUUAUCACGGAAAGGUGAAGGGAUAUAAUGACAUCAAUGUGAGUACACUGAUUGAAGAUUGAACAAGGGUGUUGAACCUUUCAAACGUAGAACAAAAAUGCAUCCCUCUGUGUCACCUCUUUCGUCUUCGUCCCCGUUGGAUCUUCGACCAGUGCUUGGUGGAGCAGUAGUGUCUUCAGUGCAUCACACACAUGAUCCAACUGCUAUCAGGAUUCAUAGUCCCACCAGCGUUGGCAAUGGAAACAAGCAACAGCAUUCCCACCCGCAGCAUCCCCAUCUUCAUGGGCACCAUUCACAUCAUCAUAACCAGCAUCAUCAGGGUACUCCAAACGGAAAUAGUAGCAACAGUAGCAGCAGCAACAGCAGUGGCAGUACCACUUGCGGUAGCGGCAAUCAUGAUAACAACAAUAGUAGCAAUCAACAGGAAGACACGGAUGGAGCCACCACCGGUGGUAGUACGAGUAACAACAGUACCAGCGGAACAGGAAAUUCAAAAUCUUCACGCUCUCAGGCGCUGGUGAAGCCACCUUACUCAUACAUCGCACUUAUCACAAUGGCAAUACUGCAAUCACCUCAGAAGAAGCUGACACUCAGCGGGAUAUGUGAAUUUAUCAUGAGUAGUGCGACGAUCGUGACUACCGGGACUGUAAACGGGCAGAUCUAUCUCAAGGAGUGUGUAGAGAAGCGUCUGCUUCCUUUGUUGAAGCAACAUGAGGGCCCUACGAUCCUCUGGUCGGAUCUAGAUUCGUGCCACUAUUCAGAGGAUGUCCUGAAGUGGUACGAAGCCAACGGGGUCACUUUCGUACCCAAGGACAAAAUAUUAUAA